AUGGGAGCAGGGUCGGAGGGAGAUGUGGCAGUGGGGCGCGGCGUCGGAAGGACGCUGGUCUUCACCUACGGCACGCUGAAGCAGGGGUUCUCCAACCACGGCCUCGUGCAGGAGAUGAUCCGCUCCGGCGAGGCGUCCUACGUCGGAGUUUACCGCACCGCCGAGAGGUAUCCAUUGGUCUGCGGGCCGUAUCGCGUGCCGUUCUUGUUGAAUAUCCGGGGGAAGGGGCAGCAGGUGUGGGGGGAGCUAUACGCCGUGACCGAAUCGGGGAUCGCUCGAAUGGACGAACUGGAGGGCACCAGCAGGGGCCACUACGAGCGGCUCCCCCUCCGCGUGGCCGGCGGGAAUGAAGGCGUAUUCGAGGACUGGAUCGGCGGCGGCGACGACGACGAGGUGGCGGAAGGCGAGGAGGGGACUGUGGUGCGCGCCGAGGCGUACUUCGCUCACCGGAGCUACGCUGGGGAGCUGUGGAAGUGCAACGGCGAGAGGGGAUACUGCGUCUACUCGGAGAAGGAGGCUCGGGGGUACAUCAAGCGGAAAGAUCGCCCGCAGGGACUCACCUUCCUUGACCAUAUUCAAGCCUUCGUCUCCUCGUCCCCCUUAGUGGAAUGA